GUCCUUCCUCGUCGCGGGAGGAUCUACAGCCUUCCCCACACGCGGCCCCGAGCUCACAGUCUCCGCAGGAAGGGGCGGGCCCUGCCGGCUGGCUUUGCUGGGGCCCCGCGUUGCCAUAGGGACCCUGGCAGGGCUUGGGACGCCGGAACGCGCGCUGCGGUCGAUUGAGGCUGGAGGCUGCGGGCGGCGACUCCACCGCUCUCGGCCCAGGACUCCAGAUGCAGGAUCCGCCCGGCAGGAGAGCGCAGACAGGUGUCUCCCUGGGAAGCCCCAGGAUCCCGGCAUUACUUACGGCAAACUGAGCCCCUGAUGUCCCUAACCCUUUGCCAGCACACCCUGGCCCACAGAAGCAGCCACCAUGCCUAUCUCCAAGUGCCCGCCAAAGUCGGAGCCCCUGUGGAAAGCAUGGGACCGGAAGGCCCAGAAGAACGGACUGAGGCACCAGGUGUUCGCUGUCAAUGGCGAUCACUAUGUGGGCAAGUGGAAGGAUAACAUGAAACACGGGAAAGGAACACAGGUCUGGAGGAAGAACGGAGCCAUCUAUGAGGGGGACUGGAAAUUUGGGAAGAGAGAUGGCUAUGGCACCCUCAGCCUUUCUGACCAAGAGACCGGAAAUUACAGGAGAGUCUACUCAGGCUGGUGGAAAGGCGAUAAGAAAUGUGGCUAUGGGAUCCAGUUUUUCGGACCCAAGGAGUAUUACGAGGGUGACUGGUGUGGCAACCAGCGCAGCGGUUGGGGCCGCAUGUACUACAGCAACGGAGACAUCUACGAGGGCCAGUGGUGCAAGGACAAGCCGGAAGGGGAGGGCAUGUUACGCCUGAAGAACGGGAACCGCUACGAAGGCAACUGGCAGAGAGGCAUGAAGAAUGGGUGGGGGCGCUUCUUCCACCUGGACCAUGGUCAGCUGUUCGAAGGCCUCUGGGUCGACAACAUAGCCAAGUGUGGCACAAUGAUUGACUGUGGCCGUGAUGAGGCCCCCAAGCCCACCCAGUUCCCCAUUCCUGAGGUCAAAAUUCUAGAUCCUGACGACGUGUUGGCGGAAGCUUUGGCCACGUUCAAGAAGACACAGGAAGAAGGAGAUUGAUGCCAG